AAUGUGUGGAGACACGUAGACAGUAGACCUAGCCGUAGCUAUGGAAGGCCGGGCCCGUUUCGGACACGGCCUUAUUAACUUGCAUGUGACCUGGCCGGAUCACGGUGAUCUUCGUACACUGACCUACAAAUAGCACCCGUGUAACAAACAUCGUAACUUGGUGUUUGCGGCUUAAGUUUGUGGUCAUGUUUCAUAGUUAAGUUUUUUACAAUAAAUGGGGAUCAUAAAAGUUACAUUUUAGAUAUCAAAUUAGGGCACUGAGCAAGGAACGCCUCUUUAAUAGCGCAGGAAUAUUCAGGCAGCGAUGCACGUCUAAUGUUGGAACACUAUGCUGGUGCCUAAGUGGCAAAACAUCCUUUCUCUUAAUACUGGGAACUUGUCCACUGGUUAUUAGAAGACAAAAGUCCUUUUACUGACGUCUUUGGAUCGUCCAUGGUGUACGUGGGCGAUACCAUGGAGGAAGGAACCUUCCUCCAUGACCCACCUUUUGACUCAGUUUCCUGGAUACUUGGGUAAGCUGAAAGUGCUUUAUUACUUCGUUGAAUCGAUGCGUAGUUUAAUGAGAUCAUAAUUAAUAAUGGACUUGGUUUUUUUUAUUUCAGGGUUCAUUUCAUUCUCUUUGUGUGUACCGCAAUUGAACUUCGUCGACUGGCGAAUAAUAAAUCAGCAGAGUGAAGAGUGGACCCAGUGAGCGAGAGAAUAAGCCCAGAGCACCAAACACACCGUCCUUGGAACUUUACUCCAUCAACUUUCCACCAACCCCCCCGUCAUAAUAGUAUUACAGUAGGACGCCCUCACUCUCCAGCUGUGUCCCAUCCGGCUCUCGCUCCUCUCCUCCCCCCCCCCUCACACACUUAGCUAAUACAAACUCGCACAGCUGAAGUUGAACAUGGCUGGUCGAACUUCUGCCCCGAGUUUCUUCUCCUUCGCCCGUACCGCGCUCAAUCUCCAAUCUGCCGCCAUCUUCCUGUUGAUCUUCGUCGUGGUCCUGAAGCUAUUCCGACGUCCAAAGAACCUUCCUCCGGGGCCCUGGCGGUGGCCUUUCCUCGGGAACUUCGUGGCGCUGACUCGGUCCAAGAAACAUACCCAUGAGGUGUUGGCGGAGUGGGCCCGGCAGUAUGGAAGCAUCAUGUCGGUCAGCCUGCGUCCGGCAGGGGAUCCUGCCAUUGUAGUGAGCGACAUUGGCAUCGCCAAGGAGUUGCUGUCAAGACAGUGGGAGCACCACGUUGAGAGGUCCUGGUCUCCGCUUACGCCAAAAAUUGCAGACGUACGAGGGAGCUUUGUGUGGGACAAAGGCGAGAGAGCCAAAGAACAGCGACGUUUCGGCCUCGGCGCCUUUCGAAAAAUGGGAGUCGGCAAGAAAAGUCUGGAGCACAGAAUCAACGAAGAGGCUCGAUACCUAGUCGAAAGUAUCGAGGCUGAAAAGAAUCGACCCUUUGAUCCGAACCUCCCUAUCCACAAGGCCGUGUCCAACAUCAUCUGCUCCAUAAGCUUUGGGUCCCGCUUCGAUUACGAUGACCCAAAGUUCAAGAAUUUACUGGACAGUAUGCGAGUUGUUUUUGAGAACGAAGGAAUUUCUUCAUGGGCAAAUACGUUUUCUUUUCUCUACCACACCCCUUUUCUGGCAAAAUUGAGAGAAUGUGUCAGAUUUGUCAAAGAAUAUAUCGAAACAGUAGUUCAGGAUCAUCAAGACUCCUAUGACGAGAAUGAUUUCCGGGAUAUCAUUGACAUACACAUCGCUGACAUUAAAGGAAAAGAGCAGAUCGGAUCUAGGGUGGCCACGGGGCCUGCUCCGACCAUCACCCACCAACACAUCUGGCGGGGUAUCAUGGACUUGUUCGCCGCUGGCACGGACACAACUUCAAAUACCUUGCUGUGGCUGAUAUCCUUCGUCCUCAAGUACCCCGAAGUACAAGAGAAGAUCCAGCAAGAGAUCAGUGAAGUGGUGGGAAGUAACCGUCAACCAUCUUGCGAGGACCGUCCCAGCAUGCCCUACACCAACGCGGUCAUCAAUGAAGUACAACGCUUACGUCCGGUGGGGAUCAUGGCUCUGCCCUACGAGACGACAGAAGAGUUUCAGCUGAAAGGAUACACAAUUCCCAAGGGAAGAAAAGUGUUUAUAAAUCUGUGGGCGAUGAUGAAUGACCCCAAGGUUUGGGAUCGACCAGAGGAGUUCAACCCCGGACGUUUCCUGAGCGAAGACGGCAAGACAGUGAUCCAGCACGAAACCUUCAUACCAUUCUCAACAGGUCGUCGGAGUUGUCUGGGUGAAGGGCUGGCCAAGACAGAACUGUUCCUCUUCGCUACUAACCUCUUCCAGCGGUUCACAUUUAUGCUACCGCCGGGGGCGUCCAAACCAGAACUGAAGGGAAUCCUACAUCUCACCUUUGUUCCAGAGCCGUUUAAAGUACGCGCAAUUAAACGCUAGAUCUGAUAAACGGCAUAUUAACAGAGAUUGUUUUGCUUGUUUUUGAAUGGCAGAAUUUGGACAAUCAUACUGCCUUGUUAAAGUGUUUGAAUUCAGAUGCACGUCUUGUUAAUUGAAUUGGGUGAUCUUCACUUGCAUGAGAGUACAUGAAAAAGGGAUGACGAGCAAUCGUUGUAGAUGACCUCAUUUUUAAGUGUCAAUGUAAUGUAACCAGUUUAAAUGUAUUCGGUUUAAGCUUUCCGGGUAACAAGAUAAAGUUUCUGAAGAAUGAUGCAUGAUUGCAUGGCUAUCGGUGUUAAUUUUCUCUUGCACUUGAAUCUACUGGAUGUCGUUCAACUAUUGUUAUAGUUGUAGCUAUAAUCGUAGUUCUAUUUGCAAAAGAGUGAAAACUCCCCUUAAAAAAGAGUGGAGUAAAACCAUCCCAAAAGAGUUUUAAAAAAACCCUCCCAAAGACGGAAAUUCCACUCUACCAAUGAGCUAUGGACACCUCGAAAGAGAGUUAUCCUUUGUAUGGUUCCUCUUUUAGAGUGAACUUCACUCUUUUGGAGUGGUUUUCUCAGUCUCUUUUAGAGUGGAUUCAUGAGGGACUCACUCUUUUUGCAGCCCGAAUUUUACUUUAUCUGGACGCUUGUUCAUAACUUUGCAAAGUUGCCGAGGAAACCUUUUUGGUGGAGCAAAACAGCACCCUACAUCAUGUAAACCAGUCAUUCAUAGGCGUACAAUUACUGUAUUAUUACAAAUUUUAAUUUCAUUAGAUCUUCGGUAUGAACUUUAGUCGAGAGGCACUCCAGCGACUUCUCGAAAUUGUUUGGGUCUGAUAAUGCACGAACUUCGAGAACACAUCCGUGUUUGCCCAGGAUUGCAGAGACACGUGGACGAUAUCUACAAUGGCUGUCGACUUUUAAUUCAGCGUAAAUAAAUGUCACCAAAACUGGUGCUGCUUGCUUUAAAUUUAUUGGUGUAACUAUGUAAUAAAUAUUCGUAACGUGAUAGAAUAAAGCAUCCCCAGCUGUUUAAACUGCGCAUAUGAAAA